ACGUGAAAACAAUACUUCAAAAGACUGGCACAAAGCAAGCACUCCAAGCAUAAAGUGAAUGGGUGUAUGGUUAUAACCCUGUGUAGGGGACCUGAGCUUCACCAUGUAUGUAAAGGACAAGAUAAGGUGUCGCCAGUCUGAUACCAGAUAAAAACCGCACAGGUUUGGCAGAAACUCAGAUUGCAUAACAAGUACGAUGUGGUAAUUGAAUUUAAUAAGAAGUAAACAAGUUAUUACGUCGAUAGAACUUAGUAAAUGAUGGUACAACAAUACGACUUUUAAGGAGAAUCGUAGGGUGAAGGAGACUCUGAAUUAAGCCUGUGGCCAUAUAUGUUCAUGUUUACUGGGGGCAUGCCAUUUUCUGGGAGAAAAAUGACAAGACCAUUUAUGGUGCUAUCUGAACAAUAGUUAAUGUCAACUUGAAUACUGCUUUUAAGUGCCAAAACAGGAUGGAUUUAUUAGGAGAAUUAACAGUAUUAUUAGCUAUCCUGGGACUAUCUGUAGCAUUUUUUGACAAUUCAGCGAACCUGAUAUUAAAAACAACUGAUGUGGAUGGAAAGCAGAUAUUUGAAGGAGAUCAAGAUUUUCUUGACCAUUUUAAAGUGUUAGAUACUAAUGGAGAAUGGAUGUUAUUAGGGGGAAGAAACAAAGUUUACAAUCUGAGUAUGAACACUUUAACUGAAGAAUUGCAGAGAAUUGAAUGGGAUCCAAGACAAUACGAUAAAGAAUAUUGUUUAAUGAGGAGAAAUUCAGAGGAUCAAUGUCAGAACUACAUCAGAUUAUAUGGAAAGAAGGAUAACGGUGAUGUCUAUCUCUGUGGGACCAAUGCAUUUAAACCAAGGUGUCGAGUUUACAAAAAACAACCGGACGAUUCCUUUAAGAUGGUGACCGAGGAAGACGGUGUUGGUAAAAGUCCAUUUGAUCCUAUGCAGAAUAGUACAGCUGUUUAUACAGAUGGUAUGUUAUUUUCUGGGACAGUCGCUGAUGCAUCAGAGAGAGAUCCAUUAAUCCUAAAAAUACACCAGGGUUCAAUGGUACGAACAGUGCAACAUGACUCCAAAGUAGUCAAUGAUCCAGACUUCGUGAGUUCGUUUGACAUUGGGGAUAAAGUUUACUUCUUCUUUAGAGAGACUGCCGUAGAACAUAUCAACUGUGGAAAGGCUGUGUUUUCCCGAGUGGCUAGAGUUUGUAAGAACGACAAGGGAGGCAACUACCUGAUGAAGAAUUUAUGGACAUCAUUUUUCAAGGCUAGAUUGAACUGUUCUAUACCAGGGGAAUAUCCAUUCCAUUUUGACCUGAUUCAAUCAACAUCUGACCUUGGCCAGGGAAAUCCUAUGUCUACAACUCAUAGUGCUAAUAGAACUGAUAUGGUAUAUGCUGUUUUCCAAACACAUCCUAACAGUGUACGAGGUUCAGCUGUUUGUGCAUUCCGCUAUUCCGACAUUGUCAAAACAUUCCAAGGAAAGUUCAAAGGUCAAUCAUCUCCGUCCCACAACUGGUUGGCUGUUCCACAACAAGAGACACCAGUACCUCACCCAGAGCAGUGCUCCAAUGAUACUCAUCAAUUAGGAGAUAAGGCUUUGAAUUUCAUCAAGAGUCAUACAUUAAUGGAUAAAGCUGUGCCUGCCGCUGGUGGCGCCCCCAUUGUAACAAUGCAUGGAAUUAAUGCCCUGUUUACUGCUUUGGCUGUUGAUUGGCAGGUCCAUGCAGCCGACAGAAGAUACUAUGAUAUCAUCUUUAUAGGCACAGAUGACGGAAGAGUUCUGAAGUCAAUAAAUAAAGGACACGGAGCCAAGGUCGAAUCUGUUAUCAUAGAGGACAUUCAAGUCUUUGAGAACAAAGCACCAGUCACAAGCAUGAAAAUCUUCAACCAGAAGGGUGUAAAGAAACUUAUUGUUUUGUCUAACUCAAAUGUAGCUUCUAUCCCCCUCCAAAGAUGUGCAACGAUGAAAACUUGUAGAACUUGUAUUGGACUCCAGGACCCAUACUGCUCUUGGAGUAAUAAUGAGUGUGUGGCAAGUGACCGAGGAUUUGAGGGCAUCCUGACCGGUCAUCAUGAGAAUUGUGGAGUUGAAGACACCACGACUGUACCUACCAAGUCAACUACUACCACUACAUUAGCCCCUCCCACAACUAGUCAGAAGCCUUGCGAGUGCAAGUGUGAAUCCCCCAAAAAGGAUGGUCUACAGUCAGGACACAAUGUUCCAGACAAUUCUGAAGAAAAUGGAAAUGAAGGUUCCCUCUUAAGUGAUGAACCCUUGUACCCCACUGAGGAACCAUCUCAUGGGGACAAAAAACCUCUUGUUCCUAGAAAAGAAGAAAUGACAGAGAAAAAAGAAUCGUCAAUUUCAGCAGCCGACACUGCAAUUGGAAUUGUUUGUGCUAUAGUAUUGUCUUCAAUCAUCAGUUUCAUCGCUGGUUACAAAGUACAUUCCUGUAGAAAGGGAGAUCAAAUGACUGCAAACCCAGGAGAAAUUUAUGGCACUCUAACGAAAAAUCAUACAAAUAAACUUCUGGACAAUAAAGAACCAAGAUAUGUUAAUCAUUCAGACCUUGAGCGAAAUAACUCAGUAAAACAAUUAAAUUUACUUGUGAACAUUCAGCCUAAGGGCUCAAACCUUCCCAAUGGAGGGGCACCUGCAAAGACAGUAGUUAACUUAACGCAACCACUUCCAGACCGAACAUACGUGUAGUAGUCUUGUGUAUUUAUAGGAUUUUUUAAUUGUUCUUUAUUACACACAUAGUGCUGUGAUACUAACGUCAUGUUCCAAGUAAUUCCGGGACCAGGGAAAAGAAGGCCAGUUCAUGAACUAUUUUAAGCCUGAACAAAUUACUGACUGUGUUCAUUACUUGUGAUACGGAGACUGAACUACACAUUCCAAAUGUUUUACUGCCAGAUUUAUAGUGCUAUCAAUUUGUACAUACACUUGUUCAUAAUAUGUACAUACAGACCAGUAUGCCAAAAAAACAGUCAUUAAUGGUAUGACGUAAAAUAGGGAUUGAACUUUCGAGGAUAUCCAACAAUCAUAUCUAUGAGAUAAUAAAAUUGUGCAAAUCAAUGACACAUGGGCCAAAAAUAUGAGGACAACGUUAUAUAAGAUAAGGAGAUGAUGUUGCCAAAGAUUAUAAACUAGAUCCUGUGAUGUUAUACGAAACUUGGAUUGGAAGAUGUUUUUAUAUCUAGAACAAUGAUAUGCAAAACCUUCCAAUUUAAAAAUAAACUAAUGUUCGAAUACAUAUUAUUUAUAGGGCAGCAAUUGCUAUGUAAAAUGAAAAUGUAGAUAAAUUUUAUAUAUAUAUAGAAAGGCAGUAUUUUGCAUUUUUAAACAUAAGCCAGUUCUUUUAUCGAACCUUUCCCUGUUUAAAAGAAGAAGAAACAAACAUCAAAUCUGAUGCAUACAGGAUAAUGGCCAAGCAAACAUGGACUAAAUAAACAAAACUAAUGGUACAUUGAAGUUUUCAAUUAUACUCAAAAGAAAAGCCAUUUAAUCUAUAUAAAUGAUCUCGUAGAAUAGGCAUACAAGUUUCCUAAAUCACAAGUUGUCAUGGUGACAAUAAAACAAGUUUCUGGUGUGAUCAGAUUAACAUAAAAAAGGGAUAGACCCCAAUAACAGAGUAGUUUCCCUUGGUUUGAACGACAUUGCCUGGUUAGAAGAUUUAGUUAGGUUAUUGUAGAAUUAGUUUUAGUAGAUUUUUAAAAAAAAAUGUAUAUCUUCCACUAAAUUCACUUCAGCAGCCUAAUUGGGGGUUCAACUUUAGAAACAGAAAAUGUUAUUAAAUUUUUUUCACAAUCUGAAUAUUUAUGUUAACAAUUUUUUACAUUCAACAUGCUAUGAAUGCAAAAAAACGAUUUAAAUUUGUGAAAUUUUCCUUUAACUUUUUUGGUUCAAUGUAAAAAGCUGUUUAGAUAAGUUAGACAUAAUAAAUACUGGAAGAAUAAAAAGCUUAUGAUCCCAACAGAUUCUACCAUUUGUGUUGCACAGUAGACCUGUAGUGGGGAAACAUCUGUGGAAGAUAGUACAACAGGAGACAAAAAAUAGAAAAAAGAAAAGAGAGAAAAAAUGAAGAAAAAAAAUAAAUAACCCAAUGUAGCAAAGUAGAAAGUCACUAAUCGGGCAUAAUGAUUUUGAUUUUAUUAACAUGAAGGAAACUUGUAGUAGCCUUGUUUGUAAAUAUGUAUAUUUUUAAAAAGUAAACUGCCAAUGAAUGUUUUUAUCACAUGUAUAUGUAAUAUACAAUACACCUUGAUCAUAUGUUAUGUUUCAUCUGUUGACAGAACUUUAUGUAUUGUUUUGUCCUAUGUUGACAUGGCUUUAGUUUACUGAUUUUCACUUCCAAGCAUGAACUUUUAACAUUAUUUUCAAAUUUGAGUAAACAAAUUGACAAUAAGAAUUCAAACAAUCAAAUUUAAUGCUGAAAAGAUACAGGGAAAAAAGAUAAUUAUAUUUUGGAAAAGAACAGAAGAAAUUGAAAGAAUGAAAGGUUGUGAUACUAUCGGGAAAUCAGUGAAUUAAUGAGCUAUGGACAAUUAGGUUGUCAUAUUAUAUAAGUAAACUUAUUGAGAUGUGUAUAUUUUCAUUCUGAGAUAUUUAAUUAUAUUUAUUUAAAAAGAAAGCUUUUGCCGAAUAUUUUACCAAAAGAUUUUAGAAGAAGUCUUAAUGUUAAUUGUUUUAUGGUAUACAACAUUCAAGUGUUAAUAUAAACGUACAAUUGUUUUUCAAAGGCUUUGAUAACCUAUAUUUUAUUUGCAAUUUUGCAUAGCCUUCGAUUUUUUAGGUAUUCCUAGUUAUUACCCAUUCAAUGACAAGAAUGAACGUAAAAUAGUUGAAAGAAUAUAGUAUUUUGUUUCAUUAAAGUGAAAUAAUUAUCUACUUAAUAUAUUGGCAGACUUGGAAUUAAUUUCCCACCUUAUAAUAGCGGUCAUACAGUUUCACAUUUAAUCAUCUAUAUUACAUAGAAUCACGCAGAGUUAAAACUUUUGCACAUCGAUUCAGUAUAUAUCACGAUUAGUUAAUUCCAUCAAAAGAUCACGUAUUCAAAUUUCAUCAAUAAGAUUUUAAUUUGCUUUUACUCUCAUCCAUUCUCCAUUGAAUUAAAAAACAUUUUAUAAUUCUCCUUUUUGGUCAUUUGUAAGUUUUUCCAAUUUUUUCAUGUAUAUAAAUAUAUGACAGGAAUUGAAAUUUCAAAAUUUCUUCCAUAAGUGUUUGGAUUAUGAAAAACAAAUGUAUUUUGUCAUUGGAUUCCCACUUCAGGAAAUAAAAAAUAUUAUUUUAAAGUCUUUUUCUUAAAGUUAAAUAUAAAUCAAAUUUAAUUGAAAUCUCAUAGUUUUAUAAACGAAAUAAUAAUUUUUAUUGAAAAAUUUUGAUCCCAACUACCAAACUUGUUAGAUAAACAGUUUUCUAAACUUAUUUAAUUUUAAAUUUUAUGCUGGGGCUACAUUUUUAACUCCUGUUUUUUUAAUGGGAAAUUCUUUCAUAAUUUCCAUAGAAAUGGAUUUUUUUUUUUUUUUAACUAUUUACAUUUUGUGUCAUUUCAACUAGAAGUUGAAUCAUUUCAUUUAAUAAAGUCAUAUAUUUCCAUGCAGCCUCAUAUCAUUUAUUGUUAUAGUCAUGGAAACUUGUUAUGAACGUUUUAUUUUUAUAUAUAUAGUGUAAAUGCCUGUUCUGUUGUUGAAAAUUUUAUUGUUUUUUUGUAUAACAGUAUUUACACAAGCUUCAAGAAAUGAAGAAAAGAGUGGCAAAGAUUUACAGAUUGUGUAGUUAAAUAAAAAUCUUUUUUUUAUUUUUUUUUUUAUUUAAAUGCACAACUAUUUAACACAUUUAUUUAAAUAUAUUUUGGCCAGUAUCUUAGAAGAAUUUAAUUUCAAACUUUGCAAACCAGAGUGAUUUCUGAACAACCAUGUUAUAUUAGUUGAAUGAAUUGAAUUUUCCAAGGUGCUUUU